CAGAAGUGAUGUAUGUAUACAAAAAGGAAGACAUCAACCUCCCUAGUGCUUUUCUAGAGGAAGUCUUAAAAGUCUCAGGUCUCCUGCCAACCACUGUUGCCCCAACAACCACCACCACCACUGUGGCUUCCACUACGGCAAUUAAAACUGCAGGUCCUCCAACAACAACCACAAUUGUACUUCCUACAACGACAACUGCAACUUUGACCUCAACUUCUAUGUCUUCAGUGACAUCAACAACUAGAUUUGGCACAGUGAUGUUUUUUGUUAGACUGAUGUUCCAGCUCAACACACCAGUCCCCACUAAGGAUGAUGUCCUUGGUGCCGUCGACAAGCAACUGUAUCGUCAAUUCAACAAUCAGACAAACACUCAAACCACCUUCCAGAAUGGAACUUAUAUCAAACUUACAGAUACUUCAUUUGCCGUCGAUCUUGGUUUCAAAAUAACCAAUGUAACCAUGGUGUCGCAAAGUAAUAGCCUCACAUUCACCAAUGAGACCUACAGCCAGAUAGAGGAUUCAAUUAACAGCCUACUCCAUGAUAUUCUUUGUAAACCAGACAGCAAACAGUUUGACUUUCCCAAACCCAUCUUCACUACUGUUGGCACUCCAAUCAGGGCAGAAGUGAUGUAUGUAUACAAAAAGGAAGACAUCAACCUCCCUAGUGCUUUUCUAGAGGAAGUCUUAAAAGUCUCAGGUCUCCUGCCAACCACUGUUGCCCCAACAACCACCACCACCACUGUGGCUUCCACUACGGCAAUUAAAACUGCAGGUCCUCCAACAACAACCACAAUUGUACUUCCUACAACGACAACUGCAACUUUGACCUCAACUUCUAUGUCUUCAGUGACAUCAACAACUAGAUUUGGCACAGUGAUGUUUUUUGUUAGACUGAUGUUCCAGCUCAACACACCAGUCCCCACUAAGGAUGAUGUCCUUGGUGCCGUCGACAAGCAACUGUAUCGUCAAUUCAACAAUCAGACAAACACUCAAACCACCUUCCAGAAUGGAACUUAUAUCAAACUUACAGAUACUUCAUUUGCCGUCGAUCUUGGUUUCAAAAUAACCAAUGUAACCAUGGUGUCGCAAAGUAAUAGCCUCACAUUCACCAAUGAGACCUACAGCCAGAUAGAGGAUUCAAUUAACAGCCUACUCCAUGAUAUUCUUUGUAAACCAGACAGCAAACAGUUUGACUUUCCCAAACCCAUCUUCACUACUGUUGGCACUCCAAUCAGGGCAGAAGUGAUGUAUGUAUACAAAAAGGAAGACAUCAACCUCCCUAGUGCUUUUCUAGAGGAAGUCUUAAAAGUCUCAGGUCUCCUGCCAACCACUGUUGCCCCAACAACCACCACCACCACUGUGGCUUCCACUACGGCAAUUAAAACUGCAGGUCCUCCAACAACAACCACAAUUGUACUUCCUACAACGACAACUGCAACUUUGACCUCAACUUCUAUGUCUUCAGUGACAUCAACAACUAGAUUUGGAACAGUGGUGGUUUUUGUUAGACUGAUGUUCCAGCUCAACACACCAGUCCCCACUGAGGAUGAUGUCCUUAUUGCCUUCAACAAGCAACUAUAUAAUCAAUUCAACAUUCAGAAAAACACUCAAACCACCUUUCAGAAUGGAACUUAUAUCAAACUUACAGAUACUUCAUUUGCCGUCAAUCUUGGUUUCAAAAUAACCAAUGUAACCAUGGAGUCGCGAAGUAAUAGAAUCACAUUCACCAGUGAGACCUACAGCCAGAUAGAGGAUUCAAUUAACAGCCUACUCCGUGCUAUUCUUUGUAAACCAGACAGCAAACAGUUUGACUUUCCCAAGCCCGACUUCACUACUGUUGGUACUCAAAUCAGGGCAGACGUGAUGUAUGUAUACAAAGAGGGAGAAAUCAACCUCCCUAGUGCUAUUCUAGAGGAAGUCUUAAAAGUCUCAGGUCUCCUUCCAACCACUGUUGCCCCAACAACUUACAGCACCACACCACUUCCUACCCUUUUGCUGACCACUCCUUUGAAUACCACAAGUGGUGGAGGUUUUCCUGGUUGGGCUCUGGCCAUUAUCAUCCCUUGUGGCAUCGCUAUCAUUCUGGUACCCCUGUGGAUCCUGCUAUGUUGCAUGCUGUGUGGCUGCUGUGCAGCUGUAAGGAGACGCUGGCACAGACGUAGAUCUUACAAUGUACAGUACACCACCAGAAACGGCCUCUUCUGAGGUGACAACACUAACAUCUGUGGGCAACUGUCAUCACAAGAACAGCCAAUAAUCUAUAUCUGCUAAUCACGGGACUUUAAUGCAUGGAAAAUCACUUGUGACUACACACCAUUGCAUCUGAGAAGAUCAAGACUUCCAUAUAUCAAGAUCAAGACUUCCAUAUAUUUUUAUCAUAAAAAGAAAAUUGAUAAUAGGCCACAUGUUUUUGGUGCAAUGUACUACUUUUUAUAUAAUGCAUCUGGUUGUUAAUCAAAGUUACAGCUGAGCUGAACAAAGUACGUUUAUAUAUUUAUUAGCUAUGCCAUUUGUGGUUUAAAGCUGUGCUGUCUUCUGACUAAAACGGUUAUCACUUAUUUAUUUAAUGUGUAAGCUUCACAGGUCCUCAACUGGCAGCUUCAUUAAAUAGUACCCGCAAA